AUGCCACCAGUAAGAAUAAACAAGAGAAGUAAAAACAAAAAAGUAGAUACGGAGCUGCCAGAAGAUAUGAGUAUUUCUACUUUAAAAAAGAAAAUACGAGAUACAGAAAGGAUCUUAAGAAGAACAACAGAAAAAUCUUCUGCUAAAGGACAGUUAAGUUUAGAAAGACAACUAAAAGCUUUAAAGAUUAUUUAUAUUGAAAAGUUGACCUCAUCAAGAGAAAAUGAAAUUGUUUCUAAAUAUCGUAUGGUUAAACAUUUUGAUCGAAAAAAAGUGGAAAGGGCAAUUAAAAAGACUGAAAAAUUAAUUGAUACUGCUGAAGAUGAUCAAGAAAAAAAUGAAUUAGAAGAAAAGCUAAGAGAAUUAAAAAUUGAUUAUAAUUAUGUUAUGAAAUAUUUAUCACUUUAUCCAACAUCAGAUGCUGAUGAUCAAGAAAUGAUAUCAAGGAGAAAUUUAAUCAGAGAAUCAAUAAAAGAAUCUAUGAAAAAUAAUGAUUUUAUUACUGAUGAUCCUAAUUUAACAAUGAUUGAAAAUGAUGAUUUCUUUGAAUAA